CGUGCUUGUAGGGUUAUGAAGCGAGCCCCCUCUCCCUGUCAAAAGCGUACCAGAGACACAUUUUCUAACUUCUCUUGGUGAGACUGAGAAAUUGAACAAUAGUACUUCCUGAAACUCACAUCAAGAAGAAAAAUGUCAGUGACACUGCAUACAGAUGUAGGUGAUAUUAAAAUUGAAGUAUUCUGUGAGAGGACACCCAAAACUUGUGAGAAUUUCUUGGCUCUUUGUGCCAGUAAUUACUACAAUGGCUGUAUAUUUCAUAGAAAUAUCAAGGGUUUCAUGGUUCAAACAGGAGAUCCGACAGGUACCGGAAGAGGAGGUAACAGUAUCUGGGGCAAGAAAUUUGAGGAUGAAUAUAGUGAAUAUCUUAAGCACAAUGUUAGGGGUGUUGUAUCAAUGGCUAAUAAUGGCCCAAACACCAAUGGAUCUCAGUUCUUCAUCACCUAUGGCAAACAGCCACAUUUGGACAUGAAAUACACGGUAUUUGGAAAGGUAAUAGAUGGUCUAGAAACUCUAGAUGAAUUGGAGAAGUUACCAGUAAAUGAGAAGACCUACUGGCCUCUUAAUGACGUACACAUUAAGGACAAAACUAUUCAUGCCAAUCCAUUUGCACAAUAGCUAUAAUAGACCUAGAAAAAUAUUUGGCAGACUAUUUAAGGAACACACCUAUUGUGGUUUACCCAGUUUUAAUUAUGUCAAAAGAUUACAUCAUCCUUCUGCUUGUUUAUAGCUAAGAUCUUAUUUAAGUUUAAUUUUCCAAAAAACUCUUCUAAUUUUUGGUUACA